GAAGGGGUGUUAGAAUAAGCCUGCAGUCUCUCAGCUCGCUCUCGUUUUGAUCUCUGACAUCUCUGUUAAAACAUAUACAGGGAAGAAAAAUCCCGGGCAGGAAACAACCCCAAUCACACCCAUGAUCACGGUCCCAUCAGGACAAGGCUGGGAACGGGAUGGCAGAGAGACAGAGCACCAUGGUAUCCAUUGCUGGUUACUAUGCAGGAAAGGACAUCCUCAUCACUGGGGCGACUGGCUUCAUGGGCAAGGUGCUGGUGGAGAAGCUGCUCCGCUCCUGUCCUGACGUGAAAAACAUCUACAUCCUGGUGAGGCCCAAGGCCGGCCAGUCCACGCAGGAACGGAUUGAAGACAUGAUGAAAUGCAAGCUGUUUGACCGUGUGCGGGAGGACAAUCCUGACUUCCACAAGAAGAUCAUUCCUAUCAGCAGUGAACUGACCCAACCCAAUCUGGCCAUCAGCCCCAAGGAUGUAGAGACGCUAACUGCCUGUAUCAACAUUGUCUUCCACUGUGCAGCCACUGUUCGCUUUGACGAGCCUUUGAAGCAUGCCCUGCAGCUGAACGUGAUCGCGACGCAGCAGCUCCUGUCUCUUGCACAUCAAAUGCAGAAGCUUGAGGCCUUUGUCCACAUCUCCACCGCCUAUGCAAACUGUAACCGAAGACACAUCAACGAGGUCAUUUACCCUCCUCCUGUGGAACCCAGAAAGCUGAUUGAUUCCAUGGAGUGGAUGGACGAUGGUAUAGUCCGAGAUAUCACUCCUCGUCUAAUUGGUGACUGGCCCAACACCUACACUUACACCAAAGCCCUGGCCGAGUACGUGGUCCAGCAGGAGAGCAGCAAACUGAACAUCGCCAUCAUCAGGCCGUCCAUUGUGGGGGCCAGCUGGCAGGAACCCUUCCCAGGUUGGAUUGACAACUUCAAUGGACCAAGUGGACUGUUUAUUGCUGCAGGAAAAGGGAUUUUGCGGACAAUGAGAGCCACUAAUGAUGCCGUGGCAGACCUUAUUCCUGUGGAUAUAGUUAUUAAUCUCACACUGGCAGCAGGCUGGUACACAGCUGUACAGAGACCAAAAUCAGCAUUGGUAUACAACUGCACAACAGGCGGGAUCAACCCUUUCCGCUGGGGAGAAAUCGAGUACCUUGUUAUUUCUACAUUUAAGAGGAACCCACUUGAGCAAGCUUUUAGGAGACCAAAUGCCAACAUCACAUCCAACUACCUGAUAAACCAGUACUGGAUCGCUGUCAGUCACAAGGCCCCGGCAUUCCUGUAUGACUUAUACCUGAGAUUAUCAGGACAAAAACCCAGGAUGAUGAGGAUUUUCAACAGACUUCAUAAGUCCAUGAUGUUACUUGAGUACUUCAGCAGUCAGUCAUGGGAGUGGAACUCAGACAACAUGACCAUGCUAAUGGGUCAGCUAAGUCCUGAGGACAAGAAGAUCUUUAAUUUUGACGUGCAUCAGCUCCACUGGCCAGAAUACAUUGAGAACUAUUGUAUCGGGACUAAGAAAUAUGUUCUGAACGAGGACAUGUCUGGGCUUCCAGCUGCAAGGCAACAUCUAAAGAAGUUGAGGAACAUCCGCUAUGCCUUCAAUACCAUCUUUCUGGUGUUCAUCUGGCGCAUUUUUAUUGCCAGGUCUCAGAUGGCUCGGAACAUCUGGUAUUUUGUAGUCAGCCUCUGCUACAAAUUCCUGUCUUAUUUUAGGGCAUCCAGCACCCUCCAGCAUUGAACCAGAAAACCCACAAACCGGCAUUUGUUCCUACACAAACCCAGCUAGCGCUGCUGGUUUCUCACUUCACUUGACUUUCUUCAUUUUAAUCCAAAAGGUCGAAAGAUAAAGAAAUAAAGAAAUGUUUGUCGGCUACAUUUGACGGGGCAGCGUUCCUUUUGAACCAUAAGUACCCUGGAAUUCUUUUUUCAACACAUGAUAAACUUCCACUUUUUUUAUACUCAUUCUUUCUUCUACAGUUUUUAUUUUGAAGAUAUAUGCAACAAAUCCAAUUGUGUGAUCAACAAUGUGUAUGUCUGUAUUGACUUUUUUCUGUAAUUGCCUGGAUGUGGUAAAGUAAAAUGGGACCCUUUACAGUUUCUUCAAAUGUAUGCUUAGCUGUGCCCGGUGCAAUACCUUUUACUUGAGAGGUUUGCAUUGCUGCACCAGUAAAGUCAAACAGUGUUAUUCUAUCUCUGCUGGUUUUACUAUGAAGCCAUUAAAAAUGGCUGAUUAAAUCAGUCAACUUUGGGCAGCACUAAUAUAUGUGUAGAAAGCAAAGUGUGUUGUUUUUUAAAGCAGUCUACAGAAUCUUAAGAUUCACCUUUGAAUUAUCAGUAUACUCUCCACAGCACAUAAAUAUUUCUACUGGUUGUUUCAUUAGACAGCAAUGUACAAAUAGUAGUAAUAUUUAAAGGAAUACGUGCAAAUAUUAUAACUAAGUCGGUAUUCCUGCAGUACCAAAAAAAAAAAGUAUUUUCUUUAUAUGGAAAGCUAGCUGUUGGAGGAUUCUCAGACAUCAGGAUUUCAAGCUCAUAAUUAUGAGCAUCUGAAUAUAAACAGACUGGUACGAGUCAAAAUGAAGGCACUUUUUUUUUUUUAAAUACGAUUUUUUUUUUGUUGCAAAUAAUAAACAUGGUUGCAGUGCCAAGUUCAUUCACAUUUCCCCUUCACUAUUCUUGGUUGUUUUUAUUGUACAGGCCUGGUGAGCAAACACAUUUAAGAGCUUGGGCAAUCAGAUUGACAGUAAGAGGGAUAUACACAAGCCACCCACAAGCACACUGUAGACACAACGGCCAUGAGAAACAUGAUACUAGAUAAUGAUUUCUUAUCUGGGUGUGUGACAGGACAGCAUCAUUGGCCAGGCUGUUGGGUCCAAGAAGGGAGACUGAGACACAGAAAGCUUGCAGUUUCAAUGUGCUGUUUAAUGAACAAAAUUAAAAUGGUACAAACACUUAACAAAACACUCUUGACAAAAUAAAAAGUCACAAGGGCCAAAACAAAAGGUUCUACAAAACGAAAAUGUAAACAAAGUACAGCACAGCAUGGAACACAAAAAUACGCACCUCCACCUCGAACACCAACAUCAAUCCUAUUCAGUCUUUACAAAACCAGUGAUUACCCUAUUUAUACACCUGUGGCUGGAGUUUUAAUAAUUUAUUCAAUUCCUGGCUCCAGCCACAUUCUUUCAGACCAGGCAACAUUUACAAGCCACCAAACCAAGUCAAAUGUAGCCUAAAGAGUUAUUGUACUGUACAGUAUCUGGAAAACAAUGGCUGCAAGUACACACAUAGAAGGUUGGCUGUGUACCAGCUUGUAGUUUUAUUAUGUGGUGCCAUUAGUGACAUAAACCAAGGGAACAGAGUUUAAAAAGUGGAUCCUUACAAAAAGAGCCCCAUAGAUUAAACCAAGCGCUAAACCAAACCGGGAGGGGGUUGUUCAGUCGAGGAUCUAAAGCAAUAAAAUAUAUAUACCAGGUGCUACUUGUUCAAAGUGUGUUGGAACUUCACAGAUUUGAUCCUGGAUGCCAAGUAGUAGAAAUUCUUGUACCUUAGUCUCUCCCAGGUGUAAGUGGAGACAGGGCUUCCCAAACUUUCUUGACUCUCGAGGCCACCCCGUGACAUUAGGCAUCCUGACUGAGGACCCUCUCUGAACUUUUGAUAUAUUUACUAAGAUAGGUUGUUCAUUUGUAUCGGUAAAAGUACUACAGCUUUCAAUACUGUGCGACUGCAAGUGCAAUAGAACCUUGCCUGUAAAAGGUAACCAUGAGCGGUAUGAUUUAUUUUAUUAAUGUAGGGAGAAGAAAAUGCAUCAAGAACUUCUACCAUGAAAUCACAGUAUAUUGGUACAAAUCCUGUAUUCAUUUAUUUGUAUUUAAUUAACAAAAAUUAUAAUUACAAAGUACAUCACUAUAAUAGCCUUUUUUUUUCUCCUUACGAUCACUCCAUUACUGUUGGCUUGGACAUAAGCUGACGUCAGUGUUACAUUCAAAAUAACCCCAAGCACCUAACAACAGAGUUCAUGUAAAUUAAUUGGUCCCUGGUCUGGGGAACAUUGCUUUGUCAGGGUCAUUUGGGAAAGGACAUUUUUGAUUGUGCUAUGAUCCCCAGCUUGGAACCAGUACUCAACAAAAAAUGAACAAGUACUGUGUACGUAACAAAUAGGGCCUUAAAAUCUGUCGAUACCGUAUGUUCUGUAAUAAUAUGUCUGUUUAAAAGCAUCAUGAAAGGUGGAUAGACAAAAGGUAUUUGUAUUUGAAAUAACUUACCAAGAUAGUUCUAAUGUGGCAGUCAUCUCUUGUCAGUAUAUUAACAUGUAGGGACAUCUUCAAAUUUUACAAAGCCCAGUCUCGAAACAGAAAGAUUUUCAAAACACAAAAAAACAUUCCCCAAUGUGGUAAAGAAGACAUUGUCUGUCAGUUUAAUUUAUUUUAAAUUCAAACCACUUCAGUGUUUGCAAAAGGUGACAUGCAUACACACUCACACACAUAUAUAUUAGAAAGAAAAAAAAAUCUGUGCACUGCAAUGCUUAACCCCAAUGAGGUGCUGACCAUAUAAGGUCAUUGUAUAUUAAAACAAAAAAAGUCUGUUUGGGCUUACACUCACUUCUCAAAUCGAUCCACCAACCUUGGUUUAUAGAUUGAAGUCCAAAAGACCAAAUGGUCGCACACUCAAAAUCGGGACAAGAUGUACUGUAGUCUUUUAAGAAAGAUUUUCUGCACUUUAUUAGUUAAAACAUGUUUUUUACUAAACCGAGAAAACAAACAAAAAGAUAGCUGACGACACAACUGGUCUCCGUCAGGUUUACAAUAACUUCAGUUACAGCUGUAGCUACUUAUAUACAUAUACUAAUUCAAUUAAAUAAUUCAAUUAUAAUCAAGUCAUAUAGUAAUUUAGACAUGUCUACAUUGUGCAAUUUCCAUUAGUUCUUAACAAUUGAGACUUUAAACUGUAAUCACUUAUACAUACAUGAUCAAUUAAAUAAUUUAACUAAAAUGUAUAGCUAUAAAGUUAUUUGGCACUGUACAUAAUUAUCCACAUUGUAUAAUUGACAUACUUACUAAAAACAACAUGGUUAAUCUACUUCUUAUUAAUAAUGCAAAAUUAUAAUACAACUUUCUACUUCAGCAGAUAGAGGGUGCAAUCAACUUAUUCAGAGAUAUUGGUUCAAACCCAAUGUUUCAUUUUGUCCAUUGUUCCAGUUUUUUUGUGUACAAAUCCAAAAUGAUUCUCUUAACUGUUUAAUUACAUUACCACCUCUAUUAAGGAGCUGAAACUUUUCAAUCAC